AAGUUCAGCCAAAGCUGUGAUGACGCGCCGAAAACCAAAAUAAAAUUUAAUUAUUCAAAAGCAAAAUUAAGUAAAACACAACGAAAGACAACUGGAACUUUGGACUGUUUAACAUUUGAAUUAAUUGCGUGGGCAACAACAACGGCAGCGGUAUAUACAUAGUAGUGACAGGAAAACCUCCUUGUCGAAGGACGAAGGUGGGUGUUGCAUGAAUUUGGCUACAAUUCCGAGCGCUUUGCCGAAUUACAAUUCAUUGGUGCCGUGUAAUUUUUAGCUCCUCAUAAAUCUUGGCGACAAGUUCGUGCGUGGAUGCCACGGAAAUUUAUGCAGACUCGCUGCGCAACGUGGCUGGGCUUAAAGCAAGUGGUUUACGAAGUGCGGCAAUGGAGACUGCUCAAUGAGGGCGCCGGCCAGGUAGUGUCCGAAAAUGUAGGCAAAGCGCAACGUUUGCGUCCAGUCAUUGUGGCGCAAUUACGCGCAUAUAUUUUAUUUCGGGCAAAUGGAAUUUUUAUGUUCCGGUUGUGCACAUGCACACAUAGACACAUAGGUAACCUUGCAUGGGUGCAUACAACCCUUAGACACACGUAAAAUUUAGUAGAAUGUUGAUAAUUCACAAUUACUUACUCGGGCUCCCAAGUACCUCUGAAUUCGGGUGAGUCCUGCUCAAUUAAAUGCGUUUUACACGGCUACACAUAUACAUACAUAUAUAUUUACACAUAUGUCUCACGACUUAUAACGGUGGUCAUGCUUAGCUACACUUUUUCACACUUCGUCUCCUUUGCUCUUCCCCUACUUAAUGGCUCUGUGUUAUGUUCUCUCUGUACUUACAGGUCCGCGUACACGUAAGCCGAAGAAGUUGGCCGGUGAGAAGGGCAGCAGCAGCGGUGCUUCGAAUGGCAGCGGAAGCGGAGGUGGCGGUGCUGCCACCGCAGAGGAUAAACGACCGCGCACGGCGUUCAGUGGCUCGCAAUUGGCGCGCUUGAAGCACGAGUUCACCGAGAACCGCUAUCUAACCGAAAAGCGACGCCAACAACUCAGUUCCGAACUGGGACUAAAUGAAGCGCAGAUCAAAAUUUGGUUUCAAAACAAACGUGCCAAACUGAAAAAGUCGAGCGGUACUAAGAAUCCCUUGGCCCUGCAACUAAUGGCGCAAGGCCUUUACAACCACUCGACGGUGCCGCUGACGCGUGAAGAAGAAGAACUGCAAGAGCUGCAGGAGCGCGAGAACGCAGCAGCGGCCGCCGCAGCAGCAGAGGUAAGAAACGGUAGCGCCACGACGGCAACAACCGUGUCCACGUAGGUACUCUUACACUGCUGAGGUAAUUGAAUUUGGGGACAACGAAGUAAUACUAUGGAUGUAAAUUAUAUUAAUUAAUUAAUUUAUAAAACACUCAUAGCAAAAAUAUGUAUACGAAUGUAAAUUAUAUGUACAAAAUAUUUAGAUUUUAUUGUUUUAUAUUUAACUAAAUGAAAUAUGGAGAGCGAAUAUGAGAAGUGACGGAGACUGUGUUGGACGAGUGAUAUAUUCUUUCGUACAAUAAUAGAAAAAUAUUUUAGUUCUUAUUGUGAAUUAUAUGCGAAGCAACAACACAAACUCAGUAUUGCUUACGAGCAAGUGAGAGCGAGGCAAAGGUGUUGUAAAGUAGAAAUCACUGAUCUAUUGUGAAUGAGCACUGGAAAAGUUAAGGAACCGUAACUAACUUUCAUUACAUUUUUUAUCUUUCCCUAUUAAUUUUGAAUAUGAAAAUGAACUUAAAAGAAAGACACGUGAUCAAUUUCUUUCAAAUUUCCAGAAGAAAGUUGCUAUUUUGAGUAUAUUCCUAUAUAUUUUUUGUAUAUAGCCAAGGAAAUCGUGGAGAUAUUUAAUUGUAUUAUAGAGAAACAUUUUCUUACCAGAAUCUCGUCAGCAAAGCUGUUAAUAAAAAGAAUUGAUAUUGUUAGUAAUCACCUAAACUUCUUCUCUUUCGCUUCCUUACAACUCCGCAUAUUCAUUGCGAAUGACCUAUAAAAAGCACUACGAUCAUAUUAUCCAUUGUUCCUAUGAUUUUUAUUAUGAUUUUUUCUAAAUUAUUUGUUGAAAUAUCUAAAGAAUCUGAAAGAAUUUAUUCUCCAAAUAUCUUUUUUAAUUGUCUCGUUCGGUAAGAAAAAACAGGUUUAACAACAGAAAAUAAUUUUACAUGAGUUGCGGAGUUCCUUUACAGCCUGCUUGGUAAAAACCGUUACUUUUGACUAUUAAAAGCCUAGAUAAACACUGCUUUACUCACGAUUUGCGUUAAAAUAUGAUUUCAUUAAGCUCUUGUAGACUUUUUUUAUAGUAAGUUGACCAAACAAAAGUUUCUUAAAAUAUCCAUAUGUCUAAUGACCUGUGUUAUAACGAAGAUCAAACUCCUGCAGAUUCCUCAAAAUAAUUUGUUAUUCUGAAAAUAUUCCUUUAAAUAUGUGGAUUAGAUAUCGCCAAGAAAAUCGUUGAAAUAUAGGUUAAUUAUAUUAUAGAGAAACACUUACUUACCAGAGCCUCAUCAGCAAAAGUCUUCAUAAGCUGUUGUGCUGUUCUUGUCUUCUAUAUUUCAAGCUUUGAUUUACUAUAACUUGUUUAAUAUAUUGCGUCCGGUAAUACGUCAAUUUGAGAAACUUAAACAACAGUUUGACUUGACCUCGAACACAUUAAAAGUAAAAACAUGCAACUAUUGCUCUAAGUCCAGAUCUCGGGAGAUUAAUGACUCUAUGUCGAUAUGGCAUAGCAAACACCACAGAUUGAUAAUGGAUCCCAGAAUUUAAGACAGUUCAGAAGGGUCUUUAGAGAUAAGUUGUUUAAAUUUGAUUCCAAAUUUGAGUAGUAUAUUUGAGAAUAAAGCAUAAUAAAGU